UUUACUUAUUUAUCUUUUUAGUAUCCAAGAUGGCCCUACUGCUUCCCAUUCUUGUGGGGUUGCUGAUCUCCAUUCUUGGGGGUCUCUACUUGUUAGGAAUGUUUCGUAAAAGACGUCCCAACGAGCCUCCUUUGGAUAAAGGCUCAAUCCCAUGGCUUGGAUAUGCUUUGGAGUUCAGAAACAAUAGCGCAGAAUUCUUGAAGAGAAUGCAGAGGAAACACGGAGAAAUAUUCACAGUCCAGAUUGCAGGCUACUAUUUUACGUUCAUUAUGGACCCAUUAUCAUUUGGACCUAUUGUAAAGGAAGCCCGGUCAAAACUGGACUUUGAGAAAUUUGCUCAGGAAUUGGUGGCCAGAGUUUUUGGCUAUCAAUCUGGGACAAAUGACCACAAAAUGCUAGAAAAGGCUAGUACGAAACAUCUCAUGGGAGAUGGUCUUGUGCUCAUGACACAGGCUAUGAUAGAAAACUUGCAAAAUCUGAUGCUCCAUGAUGUUGGAUCUGGAACGGAUGAAAGGAAAUGGUGUGAGGAUGGUCUAUUUAACUAUAGCUACAAUAUUGUCUUUAGAGCUGGCUACCUUGCUUUAUUUGGGAAUGAGCCAGCUAAAAAAAUGGGAAGUGCAGAUCAGGCCAAGAAACAUGACCGAGAUCAUUCCGAAGAGUUAUUUAAAGAGUUCAGAAAGUAUGAUCAGCUAUUCCCACGUCUAGCAUAUUCUGUUCUUCCCCCCAAAGACAAAAUAGAAGCUGAAAGAUUAAAGAGGCUGUUCUGGAACAUGUUGUCCGUGAAGAAGACUAUGCAGAAAGACAAUAUUAGUGGUUGGAUCUCUGACCAAUAUCAAUUCAGAUUAGAAUAUGGGCUACCAGAACACAUGCAAGAUAGAUUCAUGUUUCUGCUUUUAUGGGCAUCACAAGGUAACACCGGGCCAUCUUGUUUCUGGCUUCUGCUUUACUUAAUGAAGCAUCCAGAAGCCAUGGAAGCUGUUAGUAGUGAAGUUCAAAAGGUUAUUAAGGAGACAGGUCAAGAGGUUAAACCGGGUGGCCCACUUCUUAACCUGACCAGAGAUAUGUUACUCAAGACACCAAUUUUGGACAGCACAGUAGAAGAAACGUUGAGGUUGACCGCUGCUCCCGUCUUGAUUAGGGCUGUAAGGGAGGAUCUAAAUAUUAAGAUGGCAAGUGGGAAUGAAUAUGGCAUCAGAAAAGGAGACAGGGUGGCUCUUUUCCCUUACAUAGCUGUCCAGAUGGAUCCAGAGGUUCACCCAGAGCCUGAGAAGUUUAAAUAUGACCGUUUCCUUAAUGCAGAUGGAACCAAAAAGAACGAAUUCUACAAAAAUGGAAAGCGACUGAAAUAUUUCACAAUGCCUUGGGGAGCGGGGACCACAAUAUGCCCUGGCAGAUUCUUUGCUGUGAAUGAACUGAAACAGUUUGUUUUCCUGAUGUUGACCUACUUUGAGUUUGAGCUUAUCAACCCAAAAGAGGAAAUUCCAAGCAUUGAUCCAAACCGAUGGGGUUUUGGCUCAAUGCAGCCAACGCAUGAUGUCCAGUUUAAAUAUCGACUACGUUACUAGAGAAAAAAAAAUGGUGUUUCAUUUGAUGUUCUUUUUGAUGUUUUAUUUCUUUUUAGAGUUGCUUUGAACAAUAAAUAAAAAGCGUAGUGAAUUUAUCUCACCAGAUCCCAAAACAGUUCCUCCUCCUUGCACAAAGAGCCCAAAAAUAUAGCAGACAGCACAGCCAAAACACACAUCUUUCAAUUGUACCAGGAGUCUUAAAACAAGAAGACAUACUCCACCACAACAAGAACUUUAAUGACAAUACUUCGAAAGCAGAGAUAUGUAUCUUGGUCCAUGGAUGGGAUAAUCAGUUAUUCUUCUUUUGCACAAAUCCACUUGUUAAAAGUAAAGUUAUCUGUCGUGUUCCAGUAAACACAUUGUUGGUUUAAAGGGUCCCGGUAAGGCUUAGCAUGCAUACAUUGCCAAUACUGCAUUAUUCUUUAGGUCUGAAAACACAUAUGUAAAUAAUGUUUAUGUAUAUAAAAAAAUAAAAGUUUUCCAAGUCUCCUCCAACAGACCAUAUUAAAGUAGAAUUACUUUUUAAUGUAA